AAACAUGAGUAACAAACAGAUAACAUCAACCUCUAACAUGUCAAAGCUUCUUGUAAGAUCGAACUCGAAACGGAAACAUUCGUUGCUUAGUUUAAUGGCUAAAAGAACAGCACACGACUAACGGCCAUGUUAAAACAUCGUGUAUCCCCUGCUGAAAGUGGAUCUAACCCUCCUCAAUGCGCCACCCCGGAAGCGGUAGAGAGGGUGCGUAGGGUAAAAUUUGCUCCUUCCAUGUUCUCGGAUGACCUGCGAAAAACUCCAAUAGACGGAGAUGUAAUACCAGAGGAUCCGUCCCGUCGGUCGGUACCCAACGUUCACGCACCCCCCGCAACUGGCCCUCCUUCUACCUCAAAUAACAGGAGGUCGUUCGCAGCUGCCGCAACCGGGAUCCGCAGAGCUUCCAUGUUUGCACGGAACUACCACCCUACGUUAAACAACGACAAACCACUGGUUACUUGUAUCCCGGCGAUCGUUCGCUUUCGAAGAGCUGCUCGAAUCGUACGAAUGCUCUGCAUGGUUUGUUUAGCUUGCAAGAAGAGCUUAACUUUCUCCGUGUCCCAGAACAGUUGGGUGGCAUUGAAGGAAGCUUUGCUACGUGAAAGUGACGUUAGUAAGGAUACAGAUAAAGACAAACAAAAAGGGUUAACCACGGAUGACCCCGAGUUGACCUUUGACCUUAGCAAGUUCAGACGAGCGUCGAAGGACCACGAUGAGAUGCCAAUCAAAAUAAAGGAAUUACUGAGGAAGAAACCUCACACCAGAACUCAAGAAGAAAAUUCAAACAUCAUGCGAAGCAUGCAAAAAGUUGAACUGUUUGCUCGCUACCCCCUCAGCGUACAGCGGAGGUUGUGUUCCAAGGCAUGGUUGGAAAGUUUUGAAGCGAACCGAGUUGUUUUGAGGGAAGGCCAUCAACCAUCUUGCUUCUAUUUCGUCAUUUCCGGCAGACUUGUUGCGAACGAAGAGGAAGAGAAUGGCCACACAGUCACAACUUUAUUAAAGAGAGGAGACAAGUUUGGGGAGGAUGAGCUCGCUACAGGAGAUAAACGAAGAGCAACUGUGAUGAGUCAGGAUGACGUAGAGCUUUUUGUUGUUCAUGCUGACGAAUACAAAGAUAUCUGCCUCGCUAAAGAAGAUAACGACAUUGAAAAUCUUGAAAUAUGUAAAAAGAACCCAGUUUUCAACCAUUGGCCUAUUACUAAGUUAAUUGAAAAUCCGGGCGCAUGGACAAUGCAGAAUUAUAAACCAGGGUCCCUCAUCGUGGAAGACAGUUCAAGAUGCGAAUGGGUUUAUGUUAUAAAGUCCGGCCAAUGUAAAGUAGUUAAGUGUUUGAAGCCGAAGGAACCAGAACAAGACCCUGCAAGGAUCCGUCGCAUUCUCGCUAAGCAAGCACGGGAUCGUCUUGUGAGAGAAAUUGAUGCAAAUAAUGUUCAGUCUACGACAAAAGCUGGAGGGGGUGUUGAUUUAGCUCCAUCUUCAACCUUCUUCACCACCCCCUUGUCCCGACCCCAAACCUUCGACAACCCUGACCCAGCGGUUCAAGCAGCUAUCAGGGAAGCUUCAAGGUUCCAGAAUGUUCCGACUUCGGCAAAUUAUCCAUUCCUGUCUUCACUGUACGGUGAAAAGCUGGAGAACGUAGCUUACGUUGCUUUGGAGGUUCUUGCCACAGGAGACAGCUUUGGGUUUCUUGCUGUGCUGCCUAAGGAACAACGAGGUUCGAGUGUGAGUUUGGUCAGUUGCGGGGCUGAGGUUAUUCAAAUCAACAAGAAGUUUUUCCAAAGACAUGCUGAUGAAACCGUUUAUAGUUUGAUAAACAUGAAGUUUCCUCCGUUUCCAAAACAAUACGACAUUCUCAAGAAUUUGAAACAAUCUUUCGAAUGGGAAGACUACAAGAGGAAAACUAUCGGAGAUGCCCUACAUCGCCUCUACCGGCCGCUUGUUAAACCAUAACCUACCGCAUGGUGGAGCAAGUGCCUUGAUGCAAAUAUGAUUGACCGCUUUUAGAACUUUUAUUCGUUUAUUUACUGAGUCAAUUUAUAUUACAAAUUAUACGAUUUCUUUUAUUGACAAAUACAAAAAUGAUAAAUAAACGCACACAGCAGU